AACUAUCGGAAUGUCCCCCUCGGACCGCAGAACCUGUUUCACUGGCCUCGCUCUAAUAUGCCUGCUGAGCAGCGCGACGGCCUACAAUUACCUCCUGGUGCUGCCCACCAUCGCACGCUCGCACUACAAUGUGGGCUCGGCGCUGGCCAAGGGCCUGGCGGCCGCUGGUCACCAAGUGACACUCGUCUCGCCCUUUCCCCUAAAGACGCCCAUCACGAAUAUAAACGAUUUGCCAGUGCCGAACAUAUUAAAAGCGAUGAGCGGCGAUUUAGACAGCCUCCUUACAAAGUCGGAAAAGCCGAUAAUACAACAGAUUAUUGGAUUCUAUGCCAUGGGUCUACGCAUAACAGAAGCAUUGCUAAAGGAACCGAAAAUCCAGCAGCUGCGCAAAUCCAAUCAGACCUUCGACGCUGUCAUCAGCGAGGUGUUCCUCAAUGAGGCUCAUUUUGGCUUGGCCGAGCAUUUCAAGGCGCCGCUCAUUGGACUUGGCACCUUCGGUGCCAUUAGCUGGAACACCGAUCUGGUUGGCUCUCCUUCGCCGCCCUCCUAUGUGCCGCACGCGCUGCUCAAGUUCUCCGAUCAUAUGUCGCUGGUCGAGCGCGUCAUCAACUUUGCCUUCAUCAACUACGAAUAUCUCUUCAUGACGCUGUACUAUUUGCCGCAGCAGGAGGCGCUCUAUGCCAAGUACUUCCCCGAUAACAAGCAGAACUUCUACGARAUGCGCAAGAACACGGCGCUGGUGCUGCUCAACCAGCACGUCUCACUAAGCUUUCCCCGCCCCUACUCGCCCAACAUGAUCGAAGUGGGCGGCAUGCACAUCAAUCGCAAGCGCCAGCCCCUGCCCCAGGACAUUGAGGACUUCAUCAAGGGCGCCAAGCAUGGCGUCAUCUACUUYUCGAUGGGCUCGAAUCUGAAGAGCAAAGACCUGCCACCGGAAAAACGUCAGGCCAUAAUAGAAACCUUUGGCAAGCUGAAGCAGCGCGUGCUGUGGAAAUUCGAAGAGCCCAAUUUGCCCAAUUUGGUUGGGAAACCCGCGAAUGUCUUUAUCUCCGACUGGUUCCCGCAGGACGACAUAUUGGCGCACGAGAAUGUCAUCCUGUUUAUCACCCAUGGCGGUCUGCUCAGCACCACGGAAUCCAUUUAUCACGGCAAGCCUUUUGUGGGCAUUCCCAUCUUCGGCGAUCAGUUCCUAAAUAUGGCGCGGGCGGAACAAAAUGGCUAUGGCAGGACUGUGCACUAUGAGGAGUUGACUGCCGAGCGGCUGUUGGCAGCCAUCCAACAGCUUCUGCAAGAUCCUCAUGCCAAGCAACUGGUCAACGAGAUGUCCGCACGCUACAAGGAUCAGCCGCAGCUGCCACUGGAGCGCGCCGUCUUCUGGGUGGAGCAUGUCAGCAGGCAUAAGGGCGCAAGAUAUCUGCGCAGUGCCUCGCAGGAUCUGGACUUCGUGCAGUACCACAAUCUGGAUGCAAUGUUCAUACUCUAUGGCGGCAUUCUGUUUGUCCUCUACUGCCUGAUGCUGUUCAUACGUCUGGUGUGGCGUGCUCUGCAGCAGUUCUUCAUGGGUCGCCAGGCGGCGCAGCCUAAGCAGAAGCGUCACUAAACUGAGCUCAUACUUGAGUUUCAGACUCAUAUUCAUGUGCAUUGUUAAAUUAAAGUUGUAUGCGUGCUAGUUGGGGUUAGGAGUUGACGGUGCUACUUUGAGUGCAGCUCAUGCAAAUUUCAGUCCGUGCUGCGGUUUAGUUUGGCAGUCGGCAUCGAAAAUG